AUGUCGACCGUCGUCAAUACGUACGCCAUCAGUAUCGAGCGCUUUCGGGCGAAAGCCGUCAAUGUACCGGUCGCGCUGGGUGGCACCGCUUCUAGUGGAAGCUCCGGUAUCGGUGGUGGAAGCGGCAGUAGCAGUAGCAGCCUGCUCUCCGGCAGUGGCGAUGCAACUGCCACCGGGUCCCCUCCGACGGACUUUGCGGCGGACGAUCGGAUCGAAAUUGAACCCGGAAUGACGUUGCAGAUCGUUGAGCAAACAUCGAGCAAGAUCGCACUGAUCAGGAUCAAAGAUUUCCACGGUACAUGCUCCUCGUCUUCAACGUCGGUAGCGGCCACCAAUUCACCAACGAGCGCACCCACAACCGGUGAUGGUGGCAGUCAGAAGCAACAGCAGCCGGGAGGACCGAGACCGGCCACGUACGAGAACCGCAUUUUUCAGUGUCAAGCUGCCCAUCUGCAGCGUGUUCCGCCGGAUAUUUGGCCGUACAUUAUAGCGAUACUGGAUCCGCAGGAGCGCUGCGAGUUCGCGAAGCGACCGAAACUGUUUGCCUCGGUCACGCAGCUUAACGUCGGUGACAUUGUGCUCGUGUCCUGGUUGGCGAAGAAUCGGCAUGUAACGUACGAUUGCAUCACACGCUACAUCGGCCCGGUGCCAAAGAUUGGCCCAGGUUACUACUUCGGACUCGAGCUACUGAAUUUAGAUAAUGGCGAGUCGCCCCAGAAGGACGACAUUGAUUUCGUGUCCGAGUACAUGAACUGUGAGCCGCGGUUGGCCCUAAUCGUCGCUGCGAACUGGCUCAAGUUUCCCGAACUCGACCAGCAAGCCGGCAAGCAGCACCACCACAAGCGCAACCUUCUGGACAGCUUGGUGUGCGGCGCAAAGGAUCUCAAUAAUCGGUUGUCGCGCCGGGGUGCUAACAAGAACCACGCGUCGGACGAUUCCAGCAAAAGUUUUGGGCGCGGGGCCGCGAAAGUGCUAAACAGCGACCAUCAGCAGCCUUACGCCCGUUCCUACACGCCCGAUCUGACGAGCACUGGGUCCGGCGCGGCAGGAGUAGGUGGAGUCUCGAGCCGCAAGUCGACCGAUAUCGGAGCCCUGUACGAGAGCUUCGGCUGUCUGCAGAUGGACCCGAGCUCGAAGGCGAUGCACAAGAAGAUGGCAGCCUCGAUAUCGAGCCCGAACUUAUCGAAGCAGGACAGCAGCAGCAGCACGGGAAGCUCCAGCCGGUACGCCAACAGUCAUCCGAUGGAUGGGUACGGGGACGAGUAUCAUCGUUUCGUCGAGCACGGCCACCAACAUGGGCAUGCGCACGCUCACCACCCGGUCGAUGAAGCGUCGUACCGCAGUUCGGGGCGAAGUUCCCAAAACAGUUCCGCUAGUAGCACCCUCAAACACUCGAAGGCUCGGGUCAGCAAAGUCCGAUCAAGUGGCUCAAACUCGUCAGUGAACAGCGCCAGCCAGUAUCAUCCGGUGAGUAAGCAAAGCACCAUUCUAAGCCUCCCCGAUCGCGACGUGGUGGUGAUCGAUUCGAACGAGAUCGACGAAGCGAUCAAGAGUGCCAGUGACGUGAUCGUGGUCGAUCCUCCGCCCGUUAUCAGUCCUACGGAUACGCGCGAGGUCGAGUUGAUGGAUCUGCUGAGCAGCAGCAGCUGGCCGGCGGAAGCGGGCGAAGUGGCGGCCAUUCUGAACAGUACGGAUAAGAAAACGCAAACACCACCAUCGGCAUCGGCAUACGGGAACGGGAAUUUGCUCGUCACCGGAAUGGGCGGAACGACGACGGGAGGCUACACAAGUGGCAGCACUAGCAGCAAUAGUACGGCCAACAGUGGCCACAGCUACCACAGCCACGGUAGUCACAAUGGUGGUCGGUACGCCGAUCGGAACAAGUCUCUCAAUCCGUUCAUGCACAUUGGACACUCCAAAGCGUCGGGCGAACUGUUGCUGCCAACUACGCGGAAAGUGCGGGCCGCAACCGCGGACCCCAAACCCCUCACGGUGGACGCCGCCACAAUGACGAAAAUCAACGAUGGCGGAGGUCCGACCGGUGGUUACGCCACAUCGAACGGUGGCCUUACGGUGGUCACCGCCUCAACGGUGGGGCGCGAUAACAACAGUGACAACACGAUGACGCUCGGGAGUGGUAGUGGUGGUCCACUAGCACGCGUCGGUUCUAUAUCACCCGAAUCGGAUGGUGGUGGCUCGGCAUUGGCUGUUUCACCGUUGGCGGAACUACCGAAUGACCAUUCGCUCGGGGUCGGCUCGAUGGUGGAGGUGACGCUCGAGGACAGCAUGACGACGACACCAGAGCCACUGUAUUAUGGUGUGAUCCGUUGGAUCGGCCCUCUGCCGCCGACCAGCAGUGGUAGUGGCCAGCGCAAGAUAAUGGUCGGUGUGGAGCUGGAAGACGAACCGAUCGAUCCAACGCUUGAAACGACCAAUGGAACCCACAACGGUAUUAGAUUGUUUAAAUGUCCGGCCAAUCGGGCAAUUUUUGUGCACACGACCCAGUGCAGCCACGAUCGACGCUUCCAGGACAUUCCACCGAUGUCACCGUGCACCUCGCGAGCAACGCAGGCAACCGCGGGUGGCGUAAAAUCGGCCACCGACACCACCAUGUUCGGGAAGGUUGACUGUCCGGUGGUGAAGGGCCGAGUGCCGCCUUUGAAAAUUCUAAAACUGGAGGAACUGGACGAAAUAUGUGGCAAGUUUAAGGGCAUUCAGGGGCACCACAACUCCUGCUACCUGGACGCCACACUUUUCGCGAUGUUCACCUUCACCAGUGUGUUCGAUUCGCUGCUCUUUCGGCCCAAGGAACCGGAGGAUAACCCACAGUACGAGGAGGUGCAGCGUGUGUUGCUCGAGGAGAUAGUGAACCCGCUGCGAAAGAACCAUUUCGUGCGGGCGGAUCGUGUGCUGAAGCUACGCCAACUGCUCGACCGGCUAAGCUCCGUCACGGGGCUGAUGAGCGAGGAAAAGGACCCGGAAGAGUUUCUCAACAGUUUACUGGCGCAAAUUUUGCGUGCCGAUCCAUUUUUGAAGCUAAGUUCCGGCCUGGAUACGUUCUACUAUCAGUUGUUUGUGGAAAAAGACGAACGGUUGAAUCUACCCUCGGUCCAGCAGCUGUUCGAGCAGAGCUUCCUAGCGUCCAACAUUAAGCUGAAGGAGGUGCCGUCGUGCUUGAUCAUUCAAAUGCCACGGUUCGGGAAGAACUUUAAAAUGUAUCCCCGCAUCUUGCCUUCCCAGGUGCUCGACGUUACGGAUAUCAUCGAGGACUCUCCACGACAGUGUUGGGUUUGCGGCAAGCUGGCCGAGUACGAGUGCCGCGAGUGCUUCGGCAAGAUGCAGUGCGAAGGCCUCGAGGGAACGGCAAUCUGUAAGAGCUGCAUCGACAGUGUGCACAACCACAGCAAGCGACUCAACCACAAACCGGUCCCGCUGUCGGUGCCGCAAGACUUCAUUCCGAUGGCACCGCACUGCGAGGUGCCCCGGCUCUACAUGGAGCUGUUUGCCGUCGUGUGCAUCGAAACGUCCCAUUACGUGGCGUUCGUGAAGGCUGCCUCCGGGCAGGAUGCGCCUUGGUGCUUCUUCGACUCGAUGGCUGACCGAAACGGCGAGCAAAAUGGCUACAACAUCCCAAAAAUGAUUCCCGUGCCGGAUCUGCCCCGCUGGUUGACGGAGGAAGGAUCGCGCGCACUGAACGAGGAAGCGAUCAACGACAAAAUGCUACCUGAACACGCCAAGCGGCUGCUGUGUGACGCGUACAUGUGCAUGUACCAGAGCACCGAUGUGAUGAUGUACCGAUAAUAAGGUUUCGUAGUUGCGGCCAAAGUUAACCAUCGGUGCGUACACACCACCUACGGUUCCAGACCUCGGUCCAAUGAUGUCGGUCAGCAACGAAUAGGCGAGAGCGCGCGAAGUAAGUCGAAUCGUAUCGAGUAGUAGCGUCAGUCACGUAGGGUCCCCCGUUGGACGGACAAACGGCUCUUGUUGAUGAGUUUGGAAACAAAAGACACACAUUUUUUCGCGGCAUCGUAUUACGUACGAAGUAAUAUCUUCUUUCGGAUGUAUUCCCCCGUAGCCCAAUCUACUACUACUUAUUGCUACUAAAGUAUGGUUCAGCGCAUAACAAGGGGUGGCACUCCCUGGGGCGGAAGCCACCGAAAGUGUCUCUUUACUGUUGCUUUUGAGAGUGGGCAAUGUAUUGUGUAAGUAAUAAAAACGAAACUGUGGAAGCGAAAAUUGAACUCACCAUUAUAGCGAGAAACAGAAAAAAGAACUAAAGAGAAUAUACUUAUACAUAUACACACAUAUAUAGAUAUAUAUAUAUAUAAAAUAGUAUAUAUAUUUAUACAUUAUACAAUUAAAAAAAUGAACCACUCGAGUCGGGAGGGAAAAGAAAUGGCAUUAGUUUUGGUAUAUACUUUAAAAGUAUACAAGAGAACCGAGUUUCAUACCUUGCCGCGUAACUAGCGAAAUGGCCGAAAGAAUAAUAAAAAUGUGGCCGAGGCAAGUAGGGCCAACGCAAAUAAAGAGGGCGCUACCCCCGAACAAACCCAAUGCUGCUGAGCAACGCGCUAACGAAACCUAAUAGCAAAACCAGUGAAGAGUUGAUUGAUAGUUUGUGAAACUCUAAACCUAAUACUAUAGCAAUACUAGCGAUUUAAAGAACAACAACCACAGUAGACAGCGGCGGUAGUGGUGACGCAGCAUGCCGUCGUGGGUCAUGAGUCAUGGGAGCCAAAUAAUGGUCAUCAAGCGGCGAAGGCUGAGUAACAAGAGGAUGCUUUUUUGGGUUCGCUAUAUUACUGUGGCCAAAACGUUCGGGAAAUCGUUUAUAACUCGAAAAAUUUUUCUUUCACCACCGCCAGGAAGUUGAAUCAAAUAGUUCUUUCAUUGUUGACAGUUUGUCCGGUUUGGAAGGAAUUCAUGAUCAAAGGUAAUCAAAGCAACCCCAUUGUUUCCCCUUUACUUUUUGGUCACAGUAGUAUCUUCCUUUCCUUUCGACCUUUCGACCGAUUGAGAGUGUCCUCUUAGAGUAAGCGCUUGGAGUAAACACGGUUCCGUUUGGAAACUCCUUGCACUCAGUUUCGGCGGAUCGGUUCCCGCUGCUCUUUUUGUGCUGCUCGUCCUAGUACAAAGUAAACAUACACGUAAAAGUUGCCAACAGGAGGUUCGAAUUUAAAACCAAAAUUGUUCCACAUACUAGGGCCGUAGGAGGGAAAGAUACAUCGAUAGCGACAUUUUAAAGGGAGUGGUUCAAAACGUGUAAUGUGUAUUGACUGUUUGCGUGCUAAAUGUCCGCGGUUGUUGAUUAGCGCAUUAGUUGCUUCUCUCGCUAACUUGCUGAUUUUAGGUCCGUACGAAGCAAGAGAACUUACCGGUUUUCUGCGUAGAACUACAUGGCGUAGUCCCGCAAGCGCGUGCGCGCGCGCGCCAUGUGUUGAGUGUUUGCUGAUUGCUUCCUCUCUCAAGUGCUUUAGCUGUUUGUGGACAUUUAUAGGGUAUACUUUUUAGAAAAGUCGAAAAAAUACAAAAGACGACUCCCGUUUCGUUCCAUCUCGGACUGAGGGCGAGGGGUUUGCUAGUUUUUUUUCCGAAGGCGCUUGCUGCUCAUUGAUCGCGCAGCAUCAUUGGCCGUGUUGGCAAUCAGAUCAGCGAGCAAAAUUUGCGUAGGAUUAACACUAUUUAACAAGGCGUACGGUUUACUGUUAGUAUAUUGCUUUUCUAGUUCCACCUUUCUAAAUCUGGAGCACAGAGGUAAAACACAGGUUUGAGAAUGGAAAGGAAAAGCGUUUUUGGAGGCAAGUUUCUAAAGCCGCUUACGACCGGACAAGAGACGUAACGUGUGAUGCGACGUAACUCGCGCACCACACGUGCUUGUUAGUAAUGACCAGCGGAGGUCAAAACGCGAAGUACAAGUGAACAAAUUUGCAAUAUCCCCUGCAAUCCGGUGCCCGCUGAGUGGCAACCAAUUUGUAAUUUGUAUACAUUAGAAGAAGAAAACUAACUUCAUCAACCCUCGACUUUCUUACUAUACUAUAUACCCUCUUCGAUACCUGAGCAUCUAACAAAACAGACAUACUACCGGAAACGACAGCGAACCAGGACGCAGACGCGGUCACUUGACGACGUAACCUUAUCGUGGUUGUGUGUCGUUCCGGACACGACAGACAGAUUAUUGUUGCAGUGCGGACCUGAGAGGAACCGAAAGAGAGUAGAGCUUGCACAGUGCCCACGGUGCCGCGGAAGCUAUUUAUGAGACGGUAGUAGCCAAUUUGAGCAAAUAAAGUAGUAGUGAGUCAGUGGCCACAACACAAAAUCGACGGCCAAACCGACACACGCACGAUAAGAUGCUAUCGCAAAACUAAAUUGUUGUUGUAAACAACGAAACUCAAUAAAGAAAAG